UGCCUUGGCUCUUCAGCAGGAGCAGUUGACAGAAAACGUGCAUGCGCCGACAGACAGCCAGAGCACCUUCGGCUCAACCCUGGUUUAACAAGACGCAACCACUCCAAAAAACAAUUGGGCCCCGGCUGUCUUGGAACUUGUUUUUUUCCUUCUUUCAGGAGAAGCGUCGAGCCAUGCGUCUGAUUGUAGCCUUCGUGUCCACGCUGCUGGCCGCCUUUUGGGAGCCUGUUAAGUACACCUGGCGACACCUGCUCAUCUGGCUGCAGAAGAUGAUCACAGCUGCCGACAUCAAAUUUGCCUUGAAGCACAAGCAGACUUUGUUCGCGGUGCAGCGGGUGGCACUGCCGGGCCUGAAGGACAUUCCCGGCCCCGUCGCUCUUCCCAUCUUCGGCACACGGUGGAUCUACAACAAAUAUUUUGGCCGCUACACCAUCACCAAAAUUCACGAAGCUUAUCAAAGCAUGUUCAAGGAGUACGGUCAAGUGAUCAAGGAGGAGGCAUUCUUUAACUACCCCGUAAUAAGCACUUGCUCAGCUCAGGACAUUGAGAAGUUAAUUAAAUUUCCCUCAAAAUUCCCCCUUCGGCCGCCAAACGGGAUCGUCAGCAAGUACCGACAAAAUACGCCUGGACGCUACAACGAUGGCGGCCUGACUAACGAGCAAGGAAAAGUUUGGCACCGUUUGCGCGAGUCCACCACGCACGAUAUGGUCAACACCCGCGUCAUCCAGAACCUGAUCGCCGAUGUGAAUUACAUGGCAAUCGACUACAUUGCCGGAAUAAACAAGCUGAGGGACCCAGACACCGGCAGAGUCCAAGACAUCAUUGAACUUAAUAGAAAACUCGGCUUUGAGAGCACCUGCUUGCUGGGGCUUGGCUGUCGCGUCGGCUUCCUCGAAGACGAGCUUAAUCCCAGGGUGAAGCGGCUUUCGCAGGCGACUAACUGCCUUUUUGAAGCGCUCAAUGAGGCCAACUACAACCUGCCCCUUUGGAGGUACUUCCCCAACAGCACAUACAAAAAACUGGCCAAAGCCGAGGAAGAUUUAUAUGAAUUGGCUUCCGAGUACCUCGAGCCAGCGUUGCAGAGGAUCGAGGAGAGCUACGAGCCGGAGGCGGCCCAGACCGUCCUUAUCGGCAUCCUAAAACGCAGCGACCUUGACGACAAAGACAAAAAGUCGAGCAUCGUUGACUUUGUCUCGUCGGGAAUGAAUACGAUAGGGAACACGCUCUCGCUGCUGCUGUACCUCAUCGCCAAAAAUCCGGACGCACAGACAAAGCUGUACGAGGAGAUAAACAACCUGCUCGAGCCCGACGAACCUAUCUCAGCCAAAUAUCUUAAUUCGGCCAGAUACCUCAAGGCGUGCGUCCACGAAUAUUUCAGAAUAUUGCCAACGGCUCCUCAAAUAGCGAGAAUCGUGGAAAGCGAAAUGGUUUUGAGCGGAUACCAAGUUCCUGAGUGGUCUGUAGUUCUGUGCCACACGAGUGCGGCUUGCAAAAACGAGAACUACUUCCACCAGGCUGACAAAUUCAUUCCCGAGAGGUGGAUCGCGUCUGAAGUAGAGGCAAAUCCUGAUCUCAAGGUGCAAUACCCUUUCCUCGUCAGCCCGUUCGGCUUCCAGAGAAGAAUCUGCCCGGGCAAAAAGUUCACCGAGCAGAUGCUGCACAUCUUCCUAGCCACCGUUGUUCGUCAAUUCGAAGUGCGGUGCGAGAAAGAUUUGGAGCUGGAGUUCAAGUUCCUGUUGGCCCCGGCUGGCCAACUCACUAUCGAUUUUAAGGAGAGGAUAUAAAGUAUUUUAUAAACGAGAGUAUUUUUAAAAUGAAAGCGCACAAAAAACUUUUAUCACUUUUAAGUUAGGGUAAAAUAUUUUGAUUUGAGCUCUGUGGCAAAAUGAGACGCGACGGAGGAACCUAAAUGUGACAGUCCGUUGCUCUCUAUUGACUCAUAAAUUGCUCAACAAGUUUUGUCAUCUCUGUGACCGACUUUCGACAUCAAGAACCUACACAGCCACAACAUCGAAUGACCCCACUGAAUUAUAUUAUGUUGAAAAUGAGAUGUAUCAAUUCUUUGCUUAAUGCUCUUCUAAAUUUCUUGAUAAAUUUACGAUGUUGCAUGGAGUAAGGAGCAUGACUGAUUCGCAACUAAUAAUUUUAUAUCCUCUGUACACUGUAUUGUAAGCAACAAAAUAAAUUUCAUAAUUUAUAACAA